AUGAAUUCAACACAACUUGAACUUAAAAAGCCACAAGAAAGAAUCAGAGGGAAGUAAAAAAAUAAUUUUCUUGUCAUUUUCCUUUGUAUUUUUUAAACCGUUGGAGUGAACAGAGUCACAGUUUCUGAUAAAGGUUUGGUAUCCAUUUUGUGGUGAUAAAUUCAUUUUUGAUGCUAAGUUAAAGCACUGGAUGUUAAAAGAUUUUGCAGACACUCAGUGACAGGUGCAUUUGUUAGAUAAGAAUCCCUAUGGUUUCCUGAUGGUCCCUCAGGGUUCAGACAUGAAAUGUGUCUGUGAAAGAGUACUUUAAAAAUUCAUCUUUACUUAAUAAUACUUUUUAUUAAGUGUACUCUCUCCAAAAACAUGUUGUACAGAAGCAUUCAGCUCGCUUAAACUGAAGACGUGUUACCAUAACAGAUGUUCAAUCCACUUGGAACAUAAUGUUUGGCAAAAGAUGUUCAGAGUCGUGCUUGGGGCAUGAAUAUUUUAACACCAGCAGUGUCUUUAUGAUAACCCCAGAAUUUUCACGGGUCAUGAAUUUUCAUUGCAUUUAGAGAUCUGCUGAACAAGCAAUUACAAAUUUACAACCCUAGUACAAAUAAAUAAAGUCUAGCUUGUGAAUGCCCCUAGUACUCCCAGUGAACUGAAAAUUUGGCAGCAUCCAGUGAACUGUAUGUUUAGGUUCACAUAAUGCUGUUUUUCAGAGUCUGGUCAGGAUGCCUAGUGCAUUUUAUGCUUCCUAAACUUUUGGACCUCUAAAAGUGAUUUGCAACCAAUAACUCCUUACUAUAUCACCCCUGAAUCACGACUCAAAAGUCACAAUAAUAGAGGUAAUUACCACCAUCUAGAAAUGCUGUUGAUUGUUAGACAGACCAAAUCCUCCUAGACAUGACCUAAGGAAAUGUUUGUUAAAUAGUAUUAAGAAUUUGCAUACUGAAGGUUGGGUUUAAAUGGUUGACAAAUUUUAUGGAUAUUUGAUAUUUUGAAAGGAUGACAUUUGCUUGCCUAGUUCCAUUACAAUGACCACUCAUGAAAGAGGGUGUAAGAUCUAAGUGCUUUCUAAUUGUAAACAGAAUUUUGUGCUUCUCAGUAUUUUCUUUCCUCCUCUCAUAACUCCUUGUUAGUGUUCUUGUUUCAGUUUAUGGUUGUUUCUUGUCAGUUACCCCUUCACUUUUGCACAAUUCUUACCAUACCCAGUUAUGCAGUCCUCUUGUAUUUAACUCUAGUUAUUUUUAAGCAUAUUGACUUUUGUCAGCCAGUUUCUCUAGAGGUUGCACUGAGCCCAGUUUUCUCUUCUAGAAGUAUUCUUUAACAUGAAAUUUGUUUGCUAUCGCAGAUUUUUUUUAAAGGUGUGAUCAAUUUUCUGUCUGUAAGCCCAUCUAUGUCAAGCUGAAGGUCAGCAUUGUGAAGACAGCACUUUAACUGUUACAGAGAGAAACAGUUAAAUUAUCAUCAUUUGGAUGUUGAACUACAGCCUAUGUUAUCCUUGAAAAGAACUUUUAAAUGAACUUUUAAAUAUCUACUGUGUGGUAAAACAACCAUCAACAGAAGUUUUGACAGGGCACAUAUUUCAUAUCAAAGUUAUGUUUCUGUAACACAUCUUCUCUGACAGUCAAUUUCUUCCACUCAUCAGAUCCAUCACAACAGUCACAUAUUCCAUCAUUAAUACGAGAAGAGGGCAAGUAAUGUUCUCCGCCAGCGCAGUAGAAUCUGUAAAAGAUAAAACUGUCAACUUAGUGGAGCAAACAGAAAAGAACUCACAGAAAACCAUGGAAGUCAGAAUGACAACCAUGGACUUACAUUUUCAUGCUUCACUUAACCCUUUAACUCCCAUGAGUGACCAAGACAGAAUUUCUCCUUACAAUAUCCAUACAAUAUCAACCAGAUAAGUGAUGAGAAUAAAGAAAACUAUCCUUGUGAGGAUAAUUAGUUGAUCCAAUACUAAAUUCUCUAAACUGAUAUUGUAAGAAUUGUGUGGUUGACAGGAAGGAGAAUUACAAAUUUGAUCUGGGAGUUAAAGGGUUAAGAGACUGUCAGAGUAAAAUCAAUGGUGGACACACUGGGUUCCAGAUCUUUGAUUAGAGUUAUCAGUGUUGUGUACUGUUAGUUUGGUUAAAAAGGUUUACUUCCACAGUGUUGCUCCACCCAAGAGUAUAAAUGGGUACCAGUUAACUGACAGGGAUAAUAGAUGCAAAGCUGAGGAGGGCCAACUGUAAUGAACUUACUCUCCAUCCAAAGGCAGCCCCAACCUCAAUCCCAGGGUCUCUCAUCUUCCCUUCCUCUUCCUUGUUCAAAAGGAAGGAAAGUGGAGAGACCCUGAUAAUGAGGUUGUAGUACCCUCACAUGAAAUUACUUCUUGCUACAUAAAACCCAAGGAUAUCCUUAGCUUGGACACUACUACUUUCUAUCUAAUCCUUUACAAUCUAACAUCAAUAUGCAUAUUCUCCAUAAUGUUCUCUAUAGAUUUCCUGUGAUGCCAAAGAGGAGAAUUUGUUGAACAGAAUCAUCACCUUCUUCAGUUUGUGAUCAUUUCCUUUAUUCUCAUGACCCUAAUGUUUUAUUCAAGAAUGGUAUUCAAAGGAGAUAUUAGAUACUCUGGGAUUGAAGGAGGGGGGGGGGAGAGGAAGGGAGGGGCAUUGGGGUUUGCGGUAUUGGACUUUUUUCUUGCAGUAUUUUGCUAAUUUUAAUAUUGUAUAAUUUGUGGUAUAGCAGUAUUCUCUGGAUGUGCAAGAUACAUUUCUUUAGCAUUUUCUCCUUCAAGUCCUCCACCCUUUUCUGAGCCUUUUCCAGUUUCCAAUUGUUUCACAAACAAGCUGAAAUUGGCAAUAACCCAACACACUGUUCAUCAAAAAAAUCCCUACUUGUUCUUUCUGUUUUUUUUCUCAGUCUAAACAUAACAUAUAGAGUAGUGAUUUUGAUGGGUGAAAUUGAAUUUCAGGUAGUUAUUGAAGUAUUGUGGUAUUUGCCAAAUCUUUUGCAGUUGUAUUGCAUUCAGAACCACCACUGUCCACCUCUCGAAGAGUUGAAGACAUCAUUGACACUUCCAAUAUUUUUCCAUCUCAGCUCGCACAACAGAGAGUGCUUUUUCCGCAUUUUUCAGGAAAGCGGAGGCAAUUUUAAGGGUAGAGUGUAAGGUGAGCAGAAAGGGCAUAUCAUUUCUACCUCUCCCCUUAUGCCUAACUGCAAAAAAGGUGGCCUGUUCUGCAGCUACCUCUAUCUGAUCAAUUUUGCUAUAAUUUAGCUUAUCUCUGGCUUGGUGUGUUCACCUUGUAUUUGGACAUGCUCCUGUGCCUGGUUCAUCACUACCAUCUGGACAAUCACAGUAAUCAUCGUUAACAGAUGUCCAACUGAUGCUCAGUUCUCCAGACAAACAUGCAAAGAGGCCCAUUAAGUUAGGCUUAUAACUUGAUAAAUUUGAGGGUGCCACCCCAAGGAUACCUAAAAUAAAGAAAAACAACAACCAUUCAUUUUCUUUAAAAACUCUUUUGAGAGAAAUAUUAAUCUCAAAACAAAAGGAGAGAGAAGGAAUCAGAAAUUACUGCUUCAUACAGCUAACUAUUCUAACAGAGAGGUAAAAGGUCUGUACAUGAUGUGUGUUUUCAUGCUUCUACUGGAAACCAGCUUUUUAUAAUGUUGAUAAUAGGCUAGCCUGUUUAAAUAAAGUUGAUCUCAAUCUUGAUCUUGUUUAACCCUUUAACUCCCAAGAUCUGAUUGUUAAUUCUCUACUCUUGCUGCAACACAAUUCCUUGAAAAUGAGUUAUGAGAAUUUGGUGUAAGAUCAAGAUAAAAACUUCUUCCCAAUAAGUUUUAGUUUUCUCAUUAACUGUUUGCUAGAAAACAUAUGGAUAUCAAAGGGAGAAGUUACAUGUUGGUCACUUCUGGGAAUUAUAGAGUUACUGGGUAAGCCCAAAAUAAAAAUGUCAGGAGGAGGGACUUGUAAAUGAAGGGGGUGGGGAUGCAUACUUAUUAUCUUUUCCAGUGUAAAAAAAUCAAAUAUUCCACACCAGAGUUCAAAAUUAAACACAUGUAAUAAAAGCUUUGUCAUUCUAUUUCACUGAUAAAAGUCUCCUGAAAAUUUGGCAAAAAGUAUCAAUCCAACAGUUUCCUCAAAAGUGCUUUCUAAACUUUUUCCUUAUCACAGGGAAGUUCCCAGAAUAGGAAAAAAGAUCAAAGAUUUCCCAGGAAUUCCUAAGGAUCAAGGAGUCACAAGUCAAGAGAGUUCUCAAAACUGA